AUGACUGUCCCACCAACAGCGCACUCCUUGCAGGUUCUCUGGAGCCCCCAGGUACUCCCAAAUGGUGUCUGCUUCUUCCGGCUCAGCCCCGACGGUGAAGAAGGCUACCCUGGUGACCUGAAAGUCUGGGUGACCUACACGCUCAGUGGCAGGGAGCUGGCCAUCAACUAUCGAGCCCAGACCAGCAAGACAACACCCAUCAGCCUGACAAACCAUGCGUACUUCAACCUGGCAGGGCAGGGCUCACGGGAUAUCUACGACCAUGAGGUUUCUAUUGAAGCAGAUUCCUACCUGCCUGUGGACGACACCAAGAUCCCUACCGGGGAGGUGGCUGCCGUGCAGGGCACUGGCUUCGAUCUCCGGCAGCCCGUGGAGCUGGGGAAGCACUUGCAGAAGUUUCGCCUGGAUGGCUUCGACCACAACUUCUGCCUGCAGCAGACACAGGCUCGACGCCUCGUGGCCAGGGCUCGCCACCCACCCACCGGCAGGGCCAUGGAGGUUCACACCACCCAGCCUGGCAUCCAGUUUUACACUGGGAACAACCUGGACGGUUCCCUGAAGGGCAAAGGCACCAUCGUGUACCACAAGCACUCGGCUUUCUGCCUGGAAACCCAGAACUGGCCUGACGCCAUCAACAAGCCCCACUUCCCCAACGCCCUGCUCCGGCCGGGUGAGGAGUACAACCACACCACGUGGCUCGUGUUCGACACCGCUUAA